AUGCAGAAGAAUAUUGACGUCUGCGAGGGCGCCGACGAGGUUGUGGCCAAGGGCUACGUCUGGGGCGCCGAUCCGGCGCCGUUGCUCGCCGAGUUGCCUGAGCCCGAGGCCAAGUUCGAUGUCCUCAUCCUCGCAGACCUGCUGUUCCGGCACUCAGAGCACAAGACGCUGGUGAAGACGAUCGAUAUGACACUGUCCAAGAAAAAGGAAAGCAGGGCAUACGUCUUUUUCACUUCCUACAGGCCGUGGCUGCGCCACAAGGACCUCGUGUUCUUCGAUGCGGCUAGGGAGAAGGGUUUCCUGGUGGAGCAGGUGAUCGACCGCAAGAUGGAGAAGAAGCUCUUCGAGAACGACCCCGGCGACGAGGAAGUGCUGAAGACGGUAUCGGGGUAUGAGUUGAGGUGGCCGGAAUCCGAGUGCGAGCUUUGA